AGCCGUGCGUCGAAUCUCCACCGUCGAUUAAAUUGUCGAAUAUUGACCACACGAUAUCCGUGAUCCGACGGCGUCUAAUAGAUCAACUAGAACGUUCUCUUCCUCUUCCCCGAUCGAAACAAGCCUUCUAUAUAUAUAUUAUAAAGACGUCCUCUCCACGACGCUCUAAGAAAUAAAAGUACUCGUGUUCACCUCGUGCCCAUCCACUCGCAUUUUAUUUCCCAGAUUCUUAUCUUCUCUCGAAAAAGAUUUUAGCGAAGAUGACGAAGAACUACCCAGCUGUUAGCGAAGAGUACCAGAAGGCUAUUGAGAAGUGCAAGAGGAAGCUGAGAGGCUUGAUCGCUGAGAAGAACUGUGCACCAAUCAUGGUUCGCCUCGCAUGGCACUCUGCUGGAACAUUCGAUUGCGCCUCGAGGACUGGUGGUCCGUUCGGAACAAUGAGGUUUGACGAUGAGCUGGCUCAUGGAGCCAACAAUGGUCUCCACAUUGCUCUUAGGUUGUUGGAGCCCAUCAGGGAGCAGUUCACUACCAUCUCCCACGCUGAUUUCCAUCAGCUUGCUGGUGUUGUGGCUGUUGAAGUCACUGGUGGACCUGAGAUUCCUUUCCACCCUGGAAGAGAGGACAAGCCCCAGCCACCUCCAGAGGGUCGUCUCCCUGAUGCUACAAAGGGCUGUGACCACUUGAGGCAGGUCUUCUUAAAGCAGAUGGGUUUAACUGACCAGGACAUUGUCGCUCUGUCUGGUGCCCACACUCUGGGAAGAUGCCACAAGGAUAGAUCUGGCUUCGAAGGUGCCUGGACUUCAAACCCUCUUAUCUUCGACAACUCUUACUUCAAGGAACUCUUGAGCGGUGAGAAGGAAGGUCUUCUUCAGCUCCCUUCUGACAAGGCUCUGUUGGACGAUCCCGUCUUCCGUCCUCUUGUUGAGAAAUACGCUGCUGACGAGGAAGCAUUUUUCGCUGAUUACGCUGAGGCCCACUUGAAGCUUUCUGAGCUCGGGUUUGCUGAUGCUUAAGUGUGUCAUUCCUUGUGUGAUCCCCCGACACUCAUGGCUGCUUUUGGGUUGGUGGAGGGUUUGCAUUCCCUUUGAACUUUUGUCAUUUGAUUUGCUUAAUGUAGUCGGAAGGAUCUGCGUAGCUUGUUUUUUUUGGAUGGUAUUGUGAGUUUGUCGUAGUUCUGUUGCUCUUUUGCUAUGUAUGAUGCUGUCAGACAUUCUGCUGUGGUUGUUAACCUUUUUGUUUGUCAUCUU